GAUUGUUGAUGGAGGAUUGGAAAAUCAAAGACGUGUAACACUAGUUGUCUCUGAACAAGUUUGUCUUUGUUUCUAUGAAAAUAAAACUUGCGUUUGUAAUUGUGAUCAGCUAAGUUCGGGUUUAACUUUUACUUUCAGCAGAUGAAUAAUUCCACAAGGACAGAUGAUUCGAUGUUAAAUGACUAUGAAAGGUUACCGCUGAUUGUAAUAUGGGUGAUUAUCAUCGUCGUCGGAGUAAUGGGGAACAUCACGGUCAUUUACAUUAUCUGCAGACACGCUGUGAAAUCGGCUACCACCAUUUACAUCUUGAGUCUGGCCAUUGCAGACAUCGCUUUCCUAACGAUCGUGGUACCUCCGACACUCCUGAUGUUCAUAGGCAACUUCCCUGUGUUGAUCAAGUACAGCAAUCUCGUGGAAUUUUUCUCCGCAGUAACAGUCCACGUGACCUGUUGGACGUUGAUGGCAAUGACAAUUGAUAGGUACCAUGCUGUUGCGUAUCCGAUAAAAUCAAUGCGGUGGAGGAACACAAAAACAUCCAGUGUGAUUUCCUUAGGUGUUUGGAUCGUAUCUGCCGUUUUGUCGGUGCCACGCACAAUCCUUGAAUACAACACCGAGUGGUCAAGUACAGUUUCCUUGAAGGUCUCGGGCGUUAUACUGGUGCUGACGACAUACGGAAUUCCUCUGUUGGCUAUUAUGACGUCUUAUGCAAAAAUACUGUAUACUUUGCAUACACGAAAUGAGGCAACGUUGAAAGAGACGAAGAAAACAAAGUCAACACAUCGUACUAGGAAGGCGACCAAGACAGUGGUGGUUUUAAUCCUUCUGUUUGCCUGUUCAUGGGGUCCUGUACAAGUUUUAGUUCUAUGGGGUGAUCUGGAUCCUAACUUUCCAAGAACAAUGCCUGUACUGAAAUUCAAAUUAUUUGCUCAUACAUUAUCAUAUGCUAAUUCUUGCAUGAAUCCUUUUGUAUAUGCAUUCAUGAAUGCAACUGUAAGAAAGGCAUUGGUUAUCAAGCUAAAUACCAUGUGUCACUGUGUUCAUUGAGAGAGCCCUUCUGCAUGAUGGCUUUGGUAUCACUUUGGUCAUAUAUGAAGGGCUUAGUAAAAAAUAUCAAUAUUUCUAUUGCCAUCAGAAAAUUGAAGAAACAAAAAAUACAUUGGUUGGUAAUAUUUUAUUGUCAACAUUCACCAUAAGGAGACAAUUCUACAUAUCACAGUGACUGACACAUCCCAGGUGAAUCUUAACCUUUGAACUCUUUGUGGGAGCGAUUGUUAUUGUGUACUACAACUGAGUUAUUGCUACUACGACUUCAACCAGAAAGUCAAUUCAGUUAAAACAAAAUCUUCGGAAUUAAAAUUGUUAACAGAUAGACAUCACAGCAAAUGUUAUAUACUUAACAAACUGCUAUGGCACCAAAAUAUUUCAACACUGACAUAAAGCAGUUCCACAUGAAAGAAUGGAAAAAUUUCUUUGAAUGUUCAUUUCUUGAUAUUUUUUCAUUUAUAUGUGUUUGUCAUAUUGUGUUUAUGGGAGCUUAAAAUAAAAAAAUUGUUACAUAUAUGUA